AUGGCUCAGCAAGGCUCGUCACAAUCCUCUCCCUCUUCGUCGACAACGGAGAAUCCAAUAAUAGCAGUUGACCCAGAAAUAUCUACGCUUUCUACCCUUACCAAUGUUCAGAACUCUCUUUUCGUACCUCAAAUGGGAGGUAUUGUCAAUCGUCAGCCUACAUAUAGACUUUCAAACGGCUCUGGAGAAGUACGCACUAUUGAUAGGAUCAAGGCAAAGUUGAAGAAUCUAAGAAGUCCAGAAAAAGGAGUGGAUGAUGAUACAUGGAAGCCGCCGAAGCUACAAUACGCUGUUCUACCUGAUGGAGAAAGGCUUGUUGGUUGGACACCAGCUGAGGUUGACGAGCUAGAUGAUGGUGUUAGACAUCAGCUACAUUCUCGAAGAGCAAAGUUUAAGCGUUCACUGAAAGGUUUCAAGCAAUAUGUUCGCAGACCUUUGGGACUGUUUAUCACAGUCUAUGCAACCUUGAUUACGCUAUUCGGUGCAGCCUGGGUACUCUUCCUCAUCGGUUGGAUUUCUCUAGGUUCCCGAAAAGCUUACAUAGUCAACGUUGUCGAUAACGUACUAGUCGCUCUUUUCGCAAUCAUCGGUGAUGGCUUAGCCCCAUUUCGUGCUGUCGAUACAUACCAUAUGGCCUACAUAGCACAUUACCACCGUAAAACUUGGAAACGUCGCGAAAAGCUCGGCCUGCCCGAAUUAUGGGAUCAUAAUGAUCUCCCGGAGCAACGCAAGGAGGAUAUCGCUUCACCUCCUCAGGUUGAUAUUGAGAGUCUGUGUGCCCGCCGAAUGCCCAAAAGUUUCGCACGUAGAAUCGCGCCACGCAUACCAAAGAAAUAUGCCGACAUGAUGAUAGCUCGCAAUCAAACAGAAGUACAGCCAAAUUACGAGUAUACGGUUCUAUCUCCAGAAGAACAAAGCGUCCUCGAAUUCCACGAGCGAAAAUUCUCUAAAAGUCACACCUUCUACAAGCCCCACGAAACAGAGACUCAUUAUGCAUUUCCCCUCAAACUGCUCUUCGCUGUUGUCAUCUUACUCGAUUUACAUUCUUGCCUGCAAAUCACGUUGGGAGCAUGCACAUGGGGAAUCCCCUACCAGCAUCGACCAUUCGCUCUCACGACCGUCAUUCUCUGCUUUAGUAUAACCUGCAACAUCAUGGGUGGAGUACUAAUAUCCAUCGGUGACAAACGUACACGCAAACACGAAGUGAUAGAAAGAAUGAUGAAACAAGAACUUACAUCCGAAGUCGUCGAAACUAUCAAUACGCGAAAACUCAAAGAAGCGGAAGAAAGAGGAGAGAUUGAUCCGGAAAUACGAAAGAGGAGAGAAGAAGAAAAGGAGAGGGAAGAAAAUGAGGAGAUUAAGAAAAGUUGGAAGAGUGUACCGAGUUUACCCAAGAAGUUGUUGGGUAAAGGAGAGGAUCAUAGACAGCCUAGUUUACCGGUGGAGGAGAGGAGUUCGAGUUCGAGUACACAUGUGGACUCACCGAAUAGAGCGGGUUCUACCUCUUCGAAGGACAAAAGGUCGAGCAGGAAAGGUAGUGCAGCGCUACAGCCUGUACAAGAAAAUCCAUCGGUAGCUCAGCCGACUUAUCCUCAGCCUGUGGCGAGAAGAGGAGAUGGGGUGCCAUCGCAGAAGAAAGGGACGGGGCAGAAGGUUUUGGCGGGUUUCCGAAAGGCGGAUUUGGAUCGGAGUUAG